AUGGUCAUUGCUAUAAAAAUGGAAUUCGAGCUAAAAAAGUCAAAUGUUGAAAAAGCUAAACAAAAUGGUGUUGAAAAGAAUGAACAUACUGGAAUUGAAAAUGACAAACGAAUUGGAAUUUUACAAAAAGCUGAUAAGGUCAACCAGAAUCCAGGGAAGAAUAAACCGCCAGUUCAUGAGCUGACAAGCAGAUCAAUGCCUUUUGAAAGUCUUUUUGAGAACUGUGAUAAAUGA